AUGCUGUUAGAGUACGUUUUCGCCAAUGCAAUAAUGAAAUCAACUGGGGCUCGGGAGUGUCUGGAGGAGGUCAAGACUCUGGCUUCCGGCGAUCCUGGACGUGUUGAGGUAGUACUGCUCCCCAAGACGCGACAGUUUCUUUCAUAUUUGAAAUCAAACCCCCUGGAUACCGCAACUCAGCCUGUAGCUGACCCGAUAGUCCCCACAACGACUACUAUCUUUUCCCCAGCGGCUGUCUUGCCAAACGGAACUCACGAAUGGGGGAACCGAGUGGAUACUGUUUCGGCCUAUGAGGUGUCCGCUGCACUCCCACCGGCAAACGAUCUCGGGAACAUGCCGGUCAUUGAUGAGGCCUCAUUAUCCACCUUCGGGUUAUCUGGAUAUUUCCCUUCAGCCAACGACCACCAACCACGAGACGGCGGGAAUUGGAAUCUUCCGAUGCCGGACAACUGGAAUGACACUGCCAACCGUGGAAGUGCUGGACCUUCUGCAGCGACCUACCAUGCCUCUUUAAAUGAAACUCGUGCCGUGACUCUGGGUAAUGGAGCAAAUUGGGGCGAGGAUACUGUAGACUGGCUGAGGGGACUGGCUUGGAGUAUGGGAUACUACCUCAUCCCUCGCGGCGCUGCCAUUCCCGGUGGUGCUCUUGUUUAG